AUGAUCGACUGCCACUGUCAUUUGGCUGAUGAGCAAUUUUCAAGCGAUAUUGAAGAAGUGAUUGCUCGUGCUCAAAAAGCUCAAGUUCUAGCAACGUUGGUGUGCUCCGAAUACAGUGCACAAUUUGAAGAUGUCUUCAGAUUAGCGCAACGUUUCAAAGGCUUCUGUUUUUCUUGCAUCGGAGUUCAUCCAUUACAGAAAGGCAAUGUUUCUGUACAGGUUGAAGAUAUGGACGGAAUGGAGGAGCUAGUUGAACAGAAUUUGGAUCGAAUAGCAGCGAUUGGCGAGGUGGGACUGGACUUUACGCCGCGUUUCCUGAAGCUCGCCAACGCUAAAGAGCAACAAAUUGCAGUCUUCAAACGACAAAUUGCUAUUGCCAUCAAGCAUGACCUUACAUUAAGUGUGCAUAGCCGUUCGGCUGGUCGUCCUGCAAUCGAAAUAUUGCGUGAAUGUGGUGCAAGACGGGUUUUAAUGCAUGCCUUCGACGGAAAUGAUAAAAGUGCACAGCCAGCCAUUGACUGCGGAUAUUUCUUCUCAAUACCACCGUCUUUCACGCACUCUGAACGUAAAAUUGAUUUAAUUAAACGAAUUCCUUUGACGCAGUUGUGUCUUGAAACUGAUUCACCCGUACUGGGACCGUCCAAAUCGGAACGUAACGAACCAUCAAAUAUUCACAUAAGUGCUGAAUUGAUCGCUAACAUCAAGGGUAUUCCAGUGGAUGAGCUCAUCAAAAUCACAAACGAAAAUGCAGUUCGAUUAUUUCCAGUUCUCAAAUGCUUGUUGCGAUAA